AUGUUCUUCUGCCGUCCAUCAUGGACCGGUAUCAGCUGGUUCCGGUCGGAAUCUUCAUUCUUUCUUUCCUCCAUUCGACUGCAUCGGGCCAGUCGGAUGACGGAGUGUGCCAGUUGGAUUGCAUGUUUAGGCCACAUCCGGCCGCACUCGUUGACGUCCGCGAAGAACCACAAAAUUCGUUAGUGAAGGUGGAGGAAGAGCCAGAAGUGCGCAGUAAAGGGCGAGUUCUCUUCACCUUGUGGUCCUUGGAUGAGAAAGAUGUCGAGAUCCUGAGGACGUUCUCGGAGCAUCUACAGACGUUAGGUCACGAAGUGACCUUCCUCACCCAUUCAAAACACCGAUCCUUUCUCCAGGACUUGGGCCCCGUGGUUUCGUUCAAAAUACCCCCAUCCAAGGUGUGCAAUAUCAACGCAUCCAAUUCCCCAACCCCAUUCCGCAUGGUAAGGAACGCCCUUCAAGUUCCGGAAGUGAACUGCCGGGCCGUCCUCGAUGAUCCCACCCUGAGAACUUGGCUCGGGGAGCAAAAGUUUCACGCUGCCGUGACCGACGUCGUAGGAAACGAAUGCAGCUUGGCGCUUCUGCAGGCACUCGGCAUCCCCACCAUCGGCUUCAUCUCUCAACCGGGUUUCGACUUCUUCAUGAUGGCUCAACCCCCGUCGUACAUCCCGACGCCGGGAACGGGUUAUGCCGGCAAGAUGUCAUUCUUCCAGAGGAUAAACAACCUCGUCUAUUUCGUCACCUAUGCAUUGACCGUGGAAGCCUACCAUCUGGCAGCUUACACGAGCAUCGUCAAGCGUCUUCCAGACGGCAAACACCCUUACAACCUCAUGCAGGACCUGGCCUUCACAUUCUUAACGUACGAUUCGUAUUUGGAUUCCAGAAAGCGCUUCCCACCAAACGUGAAACCCAUCGGUUGUCUCCACUGUCGACCGGCCAGGCCUUUGAAGGAAGAUUUCCCAAAGGCAGAUGAGAAACCCAUCGUCCUUCUCAAUCUACCACAGGUGCACCGGACCAUCAUCGAUCAAAUUUUGACCACCACCCGUCUCAGAAAUAUCGAUGUCGCUCUCACCGACAGAACGACUCGACCGAAUCCGAAAUUAAGGAAUUUCACAAUACAUUCCGAGGACUUACAAGAUCUCCUCGGUCACGAUCGGGUCAAGCUGCUGAUCACGAACUGCGACCAUCGCGACGUCUAUUCGGCCUUGUAUCAUUCCGUCCCCUUGUUGUGCCUCCCGAGCGAUUUCCUCCAACGCGACAUUGCGGCACUGGUCGAGAGCAGGAACUUUGGGGUCCAGGCCGAGAAAUUCGAGCAGUGGACAUUGUUCAGAGUCAUGGACGAAGCCUUGAACAACGACAUCUAUUCGCGGACCGUUCGAGCGAUUUCGCGGCGAAUGCACAGCCGCCGAAUUGCGGGUCCCCUCGAAGUCUUUCAAAUGUGGACGGAGCUGGUGAUAAAGAGGGGAAACCUUUGGCAGCUGAAGAUGAUAGACUACCGGCAAUACCGGUUUCAGACUUACCUCAUCGAUGCCAUCCUCCUAUGGGUGAUAGGCAUCACGUUCCUCGCCUACGUUAUGCCGUCCAUAAGCAGGCGCUUCGGACGGCUCGUCUCCCUUCUUGUUGGCCUCACGAUCCUCAUCGUCGGUCCCAUCGCGAUAUUAAAUGUGCUGACUUAA